CGCGAUUCCAUCGCAAUCGCAGCAUAUCCGAUUACCACUUCUGCUUGGUGAACGAUCACGAGAAUGGUUGUGGUACUUCCCGAUUUCAAGAAGGUUACGGUCAGAACGGGCUCAGAUUCAGAGCUAGGGUGUCCCCAAACCGAAGCGGUAGUUGUAAUUCACAUGGAUCAUUGGUCGAACAUGGCAGAUGAGGAAUACGUGUCACUGAGAGAAACAUACGAUUCGAUCAUCGAGCAGGCCUGGCGCGGUUUGACAAUCACCGGAGACCGUAUCAGCGGGAUGCAAAUCUUUCUUAAAUGCGAUGAUACGACGUCAUCUAAACUCUACAACUGGUGGAAAGGUAUUGGCGGCAGUGUCUGGUAUCAGGAGGGCUCUACUAUGUGGGAAUGGGCUGAAUCAUCUUACAAAAGUUCGCAGGAAACUUACCACAAUUUCGUCUAUGUCUUUAUUACGGACGAUGAUCAUUCGGAAUUGCAUCCCUUAUGGACCCAAAUAUCCGAAAGGGAAGGGGUCAUCACUGCCCACCAUCAUCGCUACCCUAGGGAUGUAUAUCCGUACCAACACCCAGAUCUCCACUAUUACUUGCAGCGCACGAACGACAAAGAUGCUGAGACCGACGGCCAAUCAUCCAAUGAUACCGAGCCGAAGGAGCUCAAACAAGACAAAGCGGCCGGAUUUGUGGCUUUCCUUAAAGAUACUGCCAAAGUUUAUAAGGAUCUCUGCAACAGCAACGCCUGAGCUGGCUACUUCGGUCCUACUGCACGGAGUUUGCAAUACGAUCUAAGCGAUCUGGUUUCUGACAAUCCCUAUUGCACGCAUUCUAUACCUCUCGUC